CUCUCUCUGGUGCGCGUGUAAAACCUUCUCAGUAUCAGAGUGUGUUUGCAUGCCGACAUGGAUUUCAACUUAACGCACUCCGGGCGCGAGGCGCACGCGCACCGCCCCGGCGCACUGGUGCAGAUACUUUUAGGAAAUCACUCUCUCUUCUCCAACAUCACCGCCGAUCUCGACCCGGAAGAGAGGGAGGACUUGGAAGUGAACACGGACGUGUAUUCUAAAGUGAUCGUGACCAUCAUCUACUUGUUUCUGUUCGCCGUGGGUUCGCUGGGCAACUCCAUCACUUUGUACACUCUCCUAAGCAAAAAGAGUCUGCAGAACUUGCAGAGCACCGUCCACUACCACCUGGCCAGUCUGGCCGUGUCCGACUUGUUCAUCCUCGUCUUCUCCAUGCCCAUUGAGCUGUACAACUUCAUCUGGUUUCACCAUCCGUGGGUAUUCGGGGACGCGGUGUGCCGUGGCUACUAUUACCUGCGGGACAGUUGCUCGUACGCCACCGCCUUCAACAUCGCCUCGUUGAGCGUGGAACGCUACAUGGCCAUCUGUCACCCGUUCAAAGCCAAGAGCAUCAUGUCCCGUAGCCGCACCAAGAAGCUGAUCAGCGGCAUGUGGCUCGCCUCCUUCGCGUUGGCCACGCCGAUGCUCUUCAUCAUGGGCCAGGAGGCGCGCCAGGGUGAGAACAUCUGCACCGCCACCGUGGCACCUGUCACCAUGAAGACUGUACUCCAGGUGAAUGCCUUCUUGUCCUUUGUGGUACCCAUGGUGGCCAUUUCGGCACUCAACGGAGUCAUCGCCAAUCAACUGUUGCGGAUGUUCCACGAAGCCGAGCAAGACAACCGCGUCUGCAUCAUCGGCGGCAAUCCCACCAUGCUCAAUGUCUCGGUGGAACCCAAUCGGGCUCAGUCGCUUCGCCAUGGAGUUCUCGUGCUUCGAGCGGUGGUCAUAGCGUUUGUGGUCUGCUGGCUACCUUAUCACGCCCGUCGCCUCAUGUUCUGCUACGUUUCUGACUGGUCCGAUAACCUGUAUGACUUCUACCACUACUUCUACCUGCUGACCAACGUCCUCUUCUACGUCAGCUCUGCCAUCAACCCCGUCCUCUACAAUUUGGUUUCGGCUCCCUUCCGCCAGAUUUUCCUCUCCACGCUGCACCACUUGUGCAUGCCCUGUCGUCACUCCCCCAGGAGGCGCUCUGGCCCUAUGACCCGCCACUCUCUCAGCAUCUCCAGCAACCACACCCUCUCCACCAACAUUAUUAAGGAGACUGCCUAUUGAUUCCGUUGGACCAUGCUGGAAUACACAAAGCAGCAAACCUUCCAUUACCAUUACUAGUCCAUCUCUGUCAUGGAUUCGGACACAUUCCAGAACUCGAACCCUCAUUGUGAAAAAUUGUGAAAUAAACCUCUGAUGGCUU